AUGCCUGAUAAUUGGUUCGAUAUAUUAUACUGGAACGAUGUUCACGAAAUCGUACGAGCAAGAGAUGUAAAAGCUCUAAGUGUUUGGGUGCUCAUAAUCCUUUUGUUAGUUGCUUCUGUUACCAUAACCAUAAAAGAUAACGUUAUCAGUAGCAUUCGUAAUGACGAACAACUGCGUUCUAUUAACUAUCACAUAGUACCGAUUUCUGCAUCAUUCAAAGCAAAAGGUACUGCUGACAUUUUUAAGAACACAAGAACAAUACCCAAAAAGGAUCUGAAGAAUACAAUAACUCAAAAUCCUUUCACAAAUUAUUCUAUCGAUGAUACUUACAACAACGAGAGGAAUUUACUUAGUCAUUAUGACACAUCAUCAAAAUUUCCAGAAGCAUACGAUCCAGAAGUUCCCAUCGAUUAUUUAUGGAAGCGAAGGACUUUGUGUACUGCUUCUGACAACGAACAUCACCCAAUAGAUACGUCAUCGAAUAAUAUAGAAAAAACUAGGACCCUAUUAGAUUACAAUGGCCCAGAUUUCAUGAACAUCAUCGAAGAUCUAGAUUCGUUAAAGCCACAUGUUCGGGUGAAAAGAACAGAUCCGAAUUUGGAUUUUCCUAUCAGUGAUCAACAAAAUUAUUUGAAAGACUUGGCUGAUUCAUUUCCUAGAAAUUGGUACGAGUCUAUAGAUGAAAAUUACGACGAUGACACGUCGUUCGAUGCGAAACGAGAAAUCAAUUCGCGGGAAUAUUACGCGAACAAUCGUCCCAAAGAAGCAAGUAUUCGAGCAAUUGAAACGGAGGGAAUAUUCGAUAACGAGAAAACAUUCGACAAAUUAAGAGAAUCGUACAUGAACGAUGAGAAUCAAAGAAAACCGUCAAGUUUGGCCAUUGCCGAUUUAAAAGCGGACUUGUUGCGUUUCAAAAGGAGGGCGAGAAACGACCGUCGCGAGGGAAGCUCUAAAUCAAAAAAGAAAAAGAAACACGCGAGUAAAAAGCACGACGAUUCGAAAGGAGGUUCUACGCGAUCGCGGAAGAACAUUCGGUCGAAGAGCACGAAUCACCAGAGAUCGGUUCGCGAGAGAAAAAACAGCGAAACGAAAGACGACGAUAAAUCACGCGCAAGAUUGUCAAAGCUAGCAUCCGCGACAAAUAACGAGAACAAUUUUCGCCAUAGAUCCGUAAGUCCGAUGAAAUCGGUUGAUAAUGAGUCCAAGAGAGAUCGUGAAUCGCGUGAUGUGUUGUCGACACACACUGCUUUGAAAACUAUUGCCGGAAAUAAUGAAGAUACCGGUAGAUUUCAACUUUCGCUGAUUUCUCAUGGAAGAAGUUUCGAAGCUAGUCCAGAAUCGAACGACGAUUUGAAUACAUUGACAAUGAAAAACGGAAACUCACCCCCAACGAGGGACGAGAGCAAAAUACGUUUGAAAAGGGAUAGGAAUGCGGCCUCGAAACACGGUUUCUUCAACAAAGAAGAUGAACUGCAAUAUUAUCAAAAUAUCCAAGAAUUUGAAAAGGACAAGGACUGCGCUGCCGAAGAUGACGAUCCGACGAAUUACAAGGCAGAGAAUAAUCGGGCUGCUCGGUCUAUCGAGGAAGUGAAGGAUCUAGCGAAGAGGCUGGUGACCAAAGUAGACGAACUUGAAAAUUACUUGAGCUUCGAUGAGGCUGAAAUGGCCGAGAGGGGAGAGAAGAUCGAAACACGUGCAAUCGACGACUUAUGCUCGAACGUUACGUCUGCUUGUGCUGAUUUUAAAGGAACGUCUGAAGUCGUGCGUAGAUGUAUUCCGACGUCCACGGCGAAGAUUAUGGUUAAUAAAAAAGUGGGAAAGAGUGAGUCGAAGGAGCAUAAACGAGAUAAGGGGUCGAAUGGAAAUUUGGCGGUGAAAAAGCGAUCAUCGAAAGAGCGUGUCGCGAAGACUAUACCUGGUGCAUCGAAAAACGUUCGUAGGCAGUCUGAGAAAUUCUCGCGUAAAUGGGGUAAGUGGACAGACUGGAGUAGCUGUAGUGUCACCUGUGGCAAAGGACGCCAAAUCAGGUGGCGAUACUGUUUACAUGAUUGUACUACCGCUGAGACUGAGAUGGAGGAAAAAAGUUGUCAACUGCCAGCCUGUCCACCUGGAAAAUUCCUCGGUAUAUUCUAA